GUCCUGGUCGAGAAGCCUCGUCAGGGGCCACGUUGCCCGGAGGCAAGGCAACUGCCUGGUCGACACUUCGCUCGUCGAGGACGAGGGAGAGAGAGAGAGAGAGAGAGAGGGAGCGUGAAACAGGGAAAGGAAGGAGAAAGGAUGAGGGACAGAGACGACGUGUGGCGUGGCAGGGGAGAGAACAGGGACAACACCGUCCGAAGGGAGACGGUGUGUGUGUCUGUACGAGGGAACGCUUGCUUAGGGGUGGGGGUGCCGAAAUCGUGCGGCAGGGAUCUCCGCAUGCGGGAAGGCAGACUCUGGUGGUCAAUCGGGCGCCGCGCACCGCAGCAGCGACGCGUCACUGCACCCCUGUUUUGGGAGUCGGGCACGUGCUUCUUUCCUCUCCACCGACGCCGCGCGUUCAACUGCACUCCGGCUAGCAGCAUCUCAUCCGCAGCCAGCCAGGCGCGAUAAACUCCGAUAAACCGCCUGGAGAGAAGAGCCGCGCUUCUUCACGCUCCGUACCCGGAAAGCAUUAUCGCCGAGACAGCUACUCCUGGAUACUUCUUGCUCCUUUUGUAAACGCGGGGGCUCCUCGCGCCUGACAAAUAAUCCUCCGAGUGAGUACAUUUAUAUCGUACCCUGCCCAUCCGCGACCUCUUGAGAACCUGGGUCCCGCUGGGUCUCUCGGAUCUGUCAUCGUGCCGCAUUCGCAUAUAAUUGACACCGGCAACAAUCCGCGUUUAAUCGCGUCGAGUCAACAGUGUGGAUUCACCUACGUGCGGCGAGCGUCGAUGCACUCUCGUUAAACUGUGCAAUUCUAGUGUGUCAGUGAGAUCAGAAGUUAAGUCGCGGCAUAUCCAUUCGUCGGCAGCUGAUUCCUUUCCUCGAGAGAAGGCCCCAUCGGCGCGGCAAGCCAAGGAGGGCCGCGAGGGCUCCGGUUCACGGGAGUCGCGCCGGGACAAUACUGUGAGUGGAGCAACGUCGUCGCGGAUUGUGCUUUCAGCUGGUGGCUGGAUCCGGCCUGACCACGGCCAUUCUCGACACGCACUGUGUUAGCGUGGCCGGAGGUGGCGGCGGCGGAGACGGCGGCGGCGGCAGCGGCGGCGGAGGCGGCAGUGGUGGCGGUCGGCUGAGCCUGCACCUUCGUCCUUGCGGAGGUAGCGGUGGCGGCGGCAUCGCCGAAAGUGACAGCGCUCCGGAUUAUCCGCCGAGCGCUGCGGCAGCGCGGAGCAGGGAAGCUGCGGCGGCGGCGCUGCACGCGGCAAGAACCCUGUUGGGCGCGGGGGUGGCCAACCCUUGCUCGCCCACCCCCGAGCCGCCCUUCUGGAAGAUGCCGCAUAAAGAACUGUCGUGUAUUUUUGCGGAUGCUACAAUUACCGCGGUUGCUUGCGAGCUAUCCGACUAUCACUCGACAAACCAGAUGAUAUAGAAAGACGGUCAUGGAAAGAAGCAACUGUCGACACUGUGAACUCGCUGAUAAUUUCGGUGUAAUAAUCAAGGAAGACUUGAUGCACGGGGGUGGCGCGGGUAUUGGCGGGGGUUCUAUGGUCGGACAGAACUCAAUAUUUGGGUGCUCGGCUGCAGGACACAGCGGGGUUAACCAGCUCGGCGGCGUUUACGUCAAUGGCCGACCGUUGCCGGAUUCCACGAGGCAGAAGAUCGUCGAGCUGGCCCACAGCGGGGCCAGACCGUGCGAUAUAUCACGCAUACUACAAGUCAGCAACGGAUGCGUCUCCAAGAUCCUUGGCAGGUAUUACGAGACCGGCUCGAUCAAGCCACGGGCGAUCGGUGGUAGUAAGCCACGGGUGGCGACAACACCUGUGGUGAACAAAAUCGCCGACUACAAACGGGAAUGUCCCUCGAUCUUCGCUUGGGAGAUUCGCGAUCGACUUUUGCAGGAGGGCGUAUGCAAUAACGACAAUAUACCCAGCGUGUCGUCCAUUAACAGGGUACUUAGGAACCUGGCCUCGCAGAAGGAGCAACAGGCGGCCGCGGUACAAGCGCAUCAGGGGGCUGAGAGCGUUUACGAUAAGCUGAGAAUGUUUAACGGGCAAGCAGCAGGCUGGCCGCCAGCGUGGUAUUCGGCGACACCUUCCCAUCAUCCCUUGGCUACGGGUAUUCCAACGGCGGCAACUCCUGGAUCCGGUCAGACUCUCUUGCCCGGUAGUCAACUUCAUGGGCGCGAUGAUUCUUUGCUGAAGCGGAGCGAUACCGGUUCUUUAUUGUCGCAUCAGCAGGAGACAACUUCGGACGGUAAUUCGGAGCACAAUUCCUCCGGAGAUGAAGACUCACAGGUGCGGCUGAGGCUGAAAAGGAAAUUGCAGCGCAACCGAACUUCCUUCUCUAACGAGCAGAUAGACAGCCUCGAGAAAGAAUUCGAGCGGACACAUUACCCGGACGUGUUUGCACGGGAGCGUCUCGCCGAGAAGAUCGGAUUACCUGAGGCACGUAUCCAGGUGUGGUUCAGUAAUCGCAGAGCGAAGUGGCGUCGAGAGGAGAAAUUACGGAACCAGAGGAGGGCGGCCGUCGAUCAGGUGGUGGCUGGCGGCAGCGGCGGAGGUAGCAGCGGCACCGCGCCUCCCGCGGCCACCCCUGCAACACCACGAUUGCCCUUAAACGCCGGAUUCAACGCCAUGUACUCGUCGAUACCGCAACCAAUCGCCACCAUGCCCGACACAUAUAGCUCGAUGUCAAGCAGUCUGGGCGGAUCAAUGGGUGGAAGCUGUCUUCAGCAACGCGCCGAAGGCUAUCCGGCGUACGUGUUUCACGAGCCUCUUCACUCGCUCACGCAGUCCUAUUCUCACGCGCACAGCGCGGCCGCGGCCGCGCACUCGCAACCUCAUCGUGGCAUCCCGACGUCUCACGGCGGCACCCCCACGACGCCAGGCGGACAACCUACCGGACCAGGUGGAGCACCCUAUCAGCCGACGACCUCGACCGCGACUGGAGUGAUAUCGGCGGGAGUCUCGGUGCCGGUGCAGAUACCCUCGCAGACUCCGGACCUGACGGGCAACUAUUGGCCGAGGCUCCAGUGAUCCCAGCUCUUCGGGUUCCCGCCCGCGAGCUUGCUCGUAGGCCAGGAGAGCCCGCCGCCGCCGCCGCCGAGCGUCACCCCGGGCGCAGUAUCCCGACCGCUCCUCGCCUCCCUCGGGAUACCGACGCAGUCGACGCAGCAUCAGGCCCCUAGCACACCGGCGACCACUCCCGUGCACAAUUCCGACACCAGUGAGUGAAACGAUUGAGAUUUCUCGUGACGUGCUCCGUCGCGCAGUGAUCCCUUGAUUGACGAGAGAGGUGUCCUUCUUGCGCUUGGUCGCCGACGGCGAUUCGUCGCCAUCAACCGCGACGCCACAAUUAGAUGGAUAAUGGGGGAAAGAGACGCUACGAAGAGAAGGCUCGUUUGACAGUUUGCGCUUUUUGACAGCGCGAACGCCGAUCGUAUCGAAGACGCGCAGUUUUAGUGUCGGUUGUGCGUCGAAUAAACUUAAUCCCAAACGAUGACGCAAGUGUCUGACAUGUUCUCUCCGUUUGUCUUGUAAGUUAAAUAAUUUUGUUCGUUUAUAUUGUCGCGGUAAUUUAUUUCAUUAACGAAUAUUAACGAUUCGGCAAAACAGUUUUAUGGGGAACAUUAUCAAGUUUGCGUGUUCGAUGAAUAAAGCGGCAGCUACUUGAUAGCAUGUUCCGAUUGGGACAAAUA